UUUAGUUUCUCUCUCUAGAUGUCUCAUUCUGCAGAAUGGUCUGUAUAAAUAAACCACCCAAUGCCAUAUCCUUUCUUCAUACUUCACACUUCAUUCUCACUAUUCUUCAUUUCUCAUUCAAACACAAACACACACAGAGAUUCACUUUCUCUUCUCUUCUGUUCUGUUCUGUUUAGUGUUCUGUGUGUAAAAGGGUCUUCUUUUUCUCAUUGCAUAGAGUCAUAAAAACAACAACAACAAAACAAAGCCAUUGAAAAACUUCACAAUUUUGAAGGAAAAAUGAAGUAUGUUCUUGUAACUGGUGGAGUUGUUAGUGGACUUGGAAAAGGUGUUACAGCAAGUAGUAUUGGUUUGCUUCUCAAAGCUUGUGGACUUCGUGUCACUGCCAUCAAAAUUGAUCCUUACUUGAACACAGAUGCUGGAACAAUGUCACCUAUUGAACAUGGUGAAGUUUUUGUGUUGGAUGAUGGUGGUGAGGUGGACCUGGAUCUUGGAAACUAUGAGCGCUUUAUGGAUGUAAAGUUGACCCGUGAUAAUAACAUAACUACAGGAAAGAUUUACCAGUCUGUCAUUGAUAAGGAGAGAAGAGGAGACUAUUUAGGAAAAACUGUUCAGGUUGUUCCUCAUAUCACUGAUGCUAUUCAAGAUUGGAUAGAAAGGGUGGCCCACAUACCAGUGGAUGGAAAAGAAGGUCCAGCUGAUGUAUGUGUCAUAGAAUUGGGUGGAACCAUAGGUGAUAUUGAGUCCAUGCCAUUUAUUCAAGCAUUAGGACAUUUUUCAUAUAGAGUAGGUGCUAGCAACUUCUGCUUGGUUCAUGUUAGCCUUGUUCCUGUUUUAAAUGUUGUUGGCGAACAAAAAACAAAACCUACUCAGCAUAGUGUAAGAGGACUUAGAAGCCAAGGACUAACUCCACAAAUCUUGGCAUGCCGAAGCACACUGGUACUGGACGAGAAUGCGAAGGCAAAACUCUCUCAAUUUUGCCUGAUUCCGGGGGAAAACAUAAUUACUCUUUAUGAUGUUCCCAACAUAUGGCACAUUCCUUUGCUUUUAAGAGAUCAGAAAGCUCAUGAAGCAAUAUUUGAAGUGCUCAACCUUAAAGGUAUGGCUCAAGAGCCUAAUUUAAAGGAAUGGACUAUUAGAGCUGAAUCUUGUGAUCUGCUUCAUGAGCCAGUUCGUAUUGCCUUAGUCGGAAAAUAUACAUGUCUAUCAGAUUCCUACCUAUCAGUUCUAAAGGCAUUAGUUCAUGCUUCUGUUAGUUGCCAUAAGAAACUUACUGUGGACUGGAUUUCAGCUACCAACCUUGAAGAGGCAACUGCAAAAGAGAAUCCCGAUGCUUAUAAGGCAGCAUGGAAGUUAUUAAAGGUUGCUGAUGGUAUUCUUGUUCCCGGAGGCUUUGGUGAUAGAGGAGUGCAAGGAAAAAUUAUCGCAGUUAAAUACGCGCGCGAAAACAGAAUCCCUUUCCUUGGCAUUUGUCUUGGAAUGCAAGUUGCUGUUAUAGAGUUUGCGCGAUCUGUGCUCGGUAUAAAAGAUGCUAAUAGUACUGAAUUUGAUCCGAAUACCAAAAGUCCAUGCGUCAUAUUUAUGCCUGAGGGAUCAAAAACGCAUAUGGGAGGUACAAUGCGUCUUGGAUCAAGGAGGACAUAUUUUCAAAUCAAGGAUUGCAAAUCUGCAAAAUUAUAUGGCUGCAAAAGCUUCAUUGAUGAGAGACAUCGGCAUAGAUACGAGGUGAAUCCUGAUUUGGUAACUCGCCUUGAAAAUUCUGGUCUUUCUUUUACCGGAAAGGACGAAACUGGUCAACGCAUGGAGAUUGUUGAGCUACAUAACCAUCCUUAUUUUAUUGGUGUUCAAUUCCAUCCUGAAUUUAAAUCAAGACCAGGAAGACCUUCUCCUGUGUUCUUAGGGUUUAUAGCAGCAGCAUGUGGACAACUUGAUGUAGUCUUACAGCAAUCUUCAAGAGGAGUAGGCAGUGACAUCUCAUCAGCCAAAAUAUAUCAAAAUGGAUUAGCAACAAGACAAGCUUAUAGGCCUGCAGAAUAUGUAUUUGGCAAUGGAAAUGUCAAUGGAAAUGGAAAUGGAUUGCAUUAUUAAGUGUUACUAUUAUUACUACUAGACUUUGGUUCAUGUUUUAGAGAUUUUCAUCAGGUUAAUUGGUUAAAAUAUGUGUUUGAAGGGUUUGAGUUGUUAAGACAAGUUGUUUGUACAGUGAAAUUUGAAAAACUUUGGUAGGUAUAGAGUUUUAAGAAGGAUGGAUACAGAGAUGAAGCUUGAUCCCGGUCUUUUUAAUGGGGCUAGCUCUUUUAACUAAGUUUUUAAUAUUAUAAUGCUUUGAGUUUGGAACUCUUCAUGUUUUACUGAAAUAGUAGUAUUAUAGUACUCCCUUUGUGUUUUGCAAAGAUCUGAUUCUGUCUAAUAGAGAUUUUUUAAUGCAAAA